CCUUGCUUGUGUUUUACCUGACACAUCCCACUCUACGGCCUGGCCUGUUGUCUUCGUCCUGACAACCAAGUGAACGGCCAUAUCGAAAUCAGAUGUGUGCGCUGCGGAGCGAUCCAGCAUGGCGCAAGCAGGUCCCGUGACGGACGUUGUACAGCGGCUCUUCACUGAGCUGAAGUCGAAAAACGAAGAAACGCGGGUGAGAGCUUCGUACGAGCUAUAUGACAACGUACUCACUGUUUCACGCGACUGGGCCCCCGAAAAAUUCCUGGAAUUCUACAACGCUGUCAGCCAGCGCAUUGCGCAGCUGGUGGUAACAGGCAGUGACGCUAACGAGAAGAUCGGUGGACUUCUCGCCCUCGAUCGACUGAUUGACUUUGACGGUGUCGAUGCGGCACAGAAGACAACUCGAUUUGCCAGCUACCUGCGGAGUGCGCUACGAAGCAACGAUAAUGCGGUCUUGCUAUACGCUGCUCGGUCGCUCGGCCGAUUGGCAAAACCCGGUGGUGCAUUGACGGCUGAAUUAGUCGAGAGUGAAAUCCAGUCUGCACUCGAAUGGCUGCAGUCAGAAAGGCAGGAGAGCAGACGAUUCGCCGCCGUUUUGAUCAUACGAGAAUUAGCUAAGGGUUCGCCGACUUUGUUGUAUGGGUUUGUUCCACAGAUAUUUGAACUUGUAUGGGUUGCACUCAGAGACCCGAAAUUCCUGAUCCGUGAGACUGCUGCUCAAGCUGUCAGCGAAUGUUUCCAAAUUAUUGCAGCCCGAGAUAGCGGUGUUAAGCAUCAAUGGUUCUCGCGUAUCUACGAGGAAUCUUUACUGGGCCUCAAGUCCAGUAACGUGGAUUGGAUCCAUGGCUCGCUCCUUAUAUUGAAAGAACUUCUCCUCAAGGGAGCAAUGUUUAUGAACGACCACUAUCGAAAUGCUUGUGAAAUUGUGCUUCGCUUGAAAGAUCAUCGAGACGCAAAAAUUCGCACCGAAGUCGUCCACACGAUCCCAAUUCUUGCUUCAUAUGCCCCAAUGGACUUUACAAACAAUUAUCUGCAUAGAUUCAUGGUAUACCUUCAAGCCCAGCUCAAGAGGGAAAAGGAACGCAAUGCAGCCUUCAAAGCCAUCGGACAGAUCGCCAACGCAGUGGGUGUUGAUAUCGGCCAGUAUCUUGACGCCAUUAUUGUUUACAUUCGCGAGGGUCUUGUCAUCAAAGCGAGAAACCGCGCAGGUGUUGAUGAGGGCCCGAUGUUUGAGUGUAUCAGCAUGUUGUCUCUAGCCGUUGGACAAACGCUGAGCAAGUAUAUGGAAGCUCUUUUAGACCCAAUUUUUGCUUGUGGCUUGAGCGAAUCUCUAACACAGGCCUUAGUCGACAUGGCACAUUAUAUUCCCCCUAUCAAAGCCACUAUACAGGAGAAGUUGCUUGAUAUGCUUAGUAUUAUUCUAUGUGGCACACCUUUCCGUCCUUUGGGAUGCCCAGAGAACAGGUUGCCACCUUUUCCUUCAUUCGCCAAAGAUUUUACAGCUCAAGAGCUCCAUUCCGACACCGAAGUGGCCUUGGCCCUACAUACACUCGGUAGCUUUGAUUUCUCCGGCCACAUAUUGAAUGAGUUUGUACGAGAUGUCGCCAUCAGAUAUGUUGAAAACGACAAUCCUGAAAUCCGGAAGGCUUCGGCGUUGACUUGCUGUCAACUAUUUGUGCACGACCCUAUCAUCAACCAAACAAGCAGCCACUCUAUACAAGUCGUGAGCGAGGUGAUUGACAAAUUAUUGACGGUUGGUGUUGGUGAUCCAGAGUCGGAGAUUCGACGUACCGUUUUAUGGUCGUUAGAUCGGAAAUUCGAUCGUCAUCUAGCGAAACCCGAGAAUAUUAGAUGUCUUUUCCUUGCCGUCAAUGACGAAGUCUUCUCUGUUCGUGAAGCUUCGAUCAGUAUCAUUGGGCGCCUUUCGAGUGUGAAUCCAGCUUAUGUUUUUCCUCCUUUAAGAAAGCUUCUAGUCAAUCUCUUGACGGGGCUUGGAUUCGCUAGUACUGCUCGUCAAAAGGAAGAAAGCGCGCAGCUGAUCAGCCUGUUCGUGGCCAAUGCAACCAAGCUUAUUAGGUCAUAUGUUGACCCGAUGGUUACUUCGCUCUUACCGAAGACCACCGACCCUAAUGCCAGUGUCGCAUCUACGACCUUAAAGGCCAUUGGAGAAAUUGCCAAUGUUGGUGGUUCUGAAAUGAAGCAAUACCUUCCACAACUUAUGCCUAUAAUCCUUGACUCCCUACAAGAUUUAUCCUCCCACGCAAAACGAGAGUCGGCUUUACGGACCCUUGGUCAACUUUCGAGCAACUCAGGCUAUGUUAUUGAACCUUAUAUGGAACAUCCCCAUUUACUUGCUGUCUUAAUCAGUAUCAUCAAGACGGAGCAAACAGGAACUUUGCGUAAAGAAACAAUCAAGCUACUGGGAAUCCUUGGGGCUUUGGACCCAUAUAAAUAUCAGCAAAUCAGCGAAACGUCGCCGGAUGUUCACUAUAUCAAUGAAGUGCAGCCAAUCUCCGACGUCGCACUCAUUAUGCAAGGCCUGACUCCAUCGAGUGAAGAGUAUUACCCCACAGUAGUUAUCAACACACUUUUGCAAAACAUAUUGCGGGAAAACUCUCUGGCUCAGUAUCACUCUGCUGUCAUCGAUGCCAUUGUCACAAUCUUCAAAACCCUCGGCUUGAAAUGCGUCUCCUUCCUCGGACAGAUUAUUCCUGCUUUCUUAUCAGUCAUUCGAGGCUCGCCUACUAGUCGGCUCGAAUCAUACUUCAACCAACUUGCAAUUCUCGUCAAUAUCGUCCGUCAGCAUGUCCGUGCUUACCUUCCUGAGAUCAUUGAGACAAUCCGUGAUUACUGGAAUAUAAACCACCAAGUACAAGCCACUAUUCUAUCCUUGAUUGAAGCAAUUUCCAAAGCGCUGGAAGGUGAAUUUAAGAAGUACCUGGCCGGAAUCAUCCCCCUCAUGCUAAAUACCCUUGAGAGUGAUACUUCUUCACGACGACAACCGUCGGAGAGGAUUCUUCACACCUUCCUCAUCUUUGGCUCAAGUGGAGAGGAAUACAUGCAUCUGAUUGUCCCGUCCAUCGUGCGACUUUUUGACAAAGCUCAAAACCCUCCGGCUAUUCGGAAAUCUGCCAUUGAGACCCUUGGAAAGCUAUCACGCCAAGUCAACGUCUCUGACUUUGCUUCCCUCAUGAUCCACUCUUUGUCUCGAGUUGUGGCUAGUAAUGAUAGGACACUGCGACAGGCAGCUUUGGAUUGCAUCUGUGCUCUUAUAUUCCAACUCGGGCAAGACUUUAGCCAUUAUAUUCAACUCGUUACCAAGGUCCUAAAGCAGCAGCAGAUAAGUCACCCAACUUUCCAAACGCUUGUUGCAAAACUACAGAAGGGUGAAUCUUUACCACAAGAUCUGAACCCUGAAGAGAAUUACCGCAUACUUGCCGAUGAUACAAGCUAUACAGAAAUAGGCCAAAAAAAAAUGCAAGUUAACCAGCAGCAUUUAAAGAAUGCAUGGGAUGCCUCUCAAAAGUCAACUCGCGAAGACUGGCAAGAAUGGAUUAGACGUUUUAGUGUCGAGCUUUUGAAAGAAUCACCGUCUCCGGCUUUAAGAGCCUGCGCUAGCUUGGCUGGAAUUUAUCAACCCUUGGCGAAGGAUUUAUUUAAUGCUGCCUUUGUCUCAUGUUGGACUGAGUUAUAUGAUCAGUACCAGGAGGAACUUGUGCGUUCUAUCGAAAAGGCUCUCACUUCUCCCAACAUUCCACCAGAGAUUCUUCAGAUACUCUUGAACCUCGCAGAAUACAUGGAGCACGACGACAAAGCUCUACCGAUUGACAUCCGAACCUUAGGCCGCUAUGCAGGCAAGUGCCAUGCAUUUGCCAAAGCUCUUCACUACAAGGAACUUGAGUUUGAACAAGACCAAAAUUCGGGCGCAGUAGAGGCCUUAAUAACAAUUAACAAUCAACUACAGCAGUCUGAUGCUGCCAUUGGUAUCCUACGCAAGGCUCAAGCUUAUCGCGACGUUGAAUUAAAGGAAACCUGGUUUGAAAAGCUUCAGCGAUGGGAGGAAGCUCUCGCAGCCUACAAGCGGCGUGAAGCACAGGACCCGGAUUCAUUUGGCGUCACAAUGGGCAAAAUGCGAUGCUUGCAUGCGCUCGGAGAGUGGAAAGUUCUGUCUGACCUGGCACAAGAGAAGUGGAACCAGGCAUCUUUGGAGCACAGGCGAGCUAUUGCACCGCUAGCAGCAGCCGCCGCCUGGGGCCGUGGUCAGUGGGAAUUGAUGGACUCGUACAUUGGAGUUAUGAAAGAGCAGACUCCCGACCGAUUUUUCUUUGGUGCUAUCUUGGCUCUGUACCGGAACCAGUUUGAAGAAGCGGCAAUGUACAUUGAAAAAGCACGUAAUGGACUGGACACGGAACUCUCCGCACUCCUUGGGGAGUCGUACAAUAGGGCUUACGACGUUGUGGUUCGUGUGCAAAUGCUUGCCGAGCUUGAAGAAAUCAUCACGUUCAAACAGAAUGUUGGCGAUCCCGAGAAACAGCAAGCAAUGCGCGAGACAUGGAACAAGAGACUACUCGGCUGUCAACAAAAUGUUGAAGUUUGGCAGAGAAUGCUCAAAGUAAGACAACUCGUCACUUCGCCUCAAGAGAAUUUGGAUAUGUUAAUCAAAUUCGCCAACCUCUGCCGCAAGUCAAAUCGUAUGGGUAUUGUCGAACGCACCUUGUCAUCUUUAGAAACUGAAGUUCAAGGCCCGAAUGGUGUUGAGACUGUUGCCCCGCCAGAAGUCAAGUAUGCCCGUUUCAAGUUUACCUGGGCCCAAGGGCAUCAAGCAGAGGCAUUGGAUUCUCUCAAAGAGUUCACUGCAACUCUUGCAGAUGAUUUCACAAGAUAUAGCACACUAUUGACGAACCACACCGAGCACAACGGAACCAAUGGUGUUAACGGUAUUCUUGAUUCCAACAAGUCGGAUGUCCAUAACCUACGCUCGCGAAUUGGAGAUGCUACAAAAUUGAGAAAGUUACUUGCCAAGAGCUACCUCAAACAAGGUGAAUGGCAAACAGCUCUUCAGCGUGGAGAUUGGAAACCCGAACAUGUGCGCGAGGUUCUCAACGCGUAUUCGGCGGCUACUCAAUAUAAUCGUGAUUCGUACAAAGCUUGGCAUGCUUGGGCUUUUGCCAACUUUGAGGUCGUUACAACGCUGACUGCCCAACAAAGUCGGGAUGGCUCUAUGAUCCCUGGACAUAUUGUAAACGAACAUGUCAUUCCAGCUAUCCGUGGUUUUUUCAGAUCCAUUUCCUUAUCUUUCACAUCUUCUCUCCAGGACACGCUGAGAUUGCUCACUCUAUGGUUUACUCAUGGUGGUGAUCAAGAAGUCAAUAAUGCCGUUACAGAGGGCUUCUCAUCGGUAAACAUUGAUACCUGGCUAUCAGUAACGCCUCAAUUGAUUGCACGCAUCAAUCAACCAAAUAUGCGAGUGCGCAAUGCAGUGCAUCGUCUUCUUGCUGAAGUCGGCAAAGCCCAUCCACAGGCUCUUGUAUACCCCUUGACAGUUGCCAUGAAAUCGAAUGUCGCACGACGGUCUCAGUCAGCUACUCAUAUCAUGGAAAGCAUGAGGCAACACAGUGCUAAGCUGGUGGAUCAAGCCGAUGUCAUCAGUAACGAAUUGAUUCGUGUGGCCGUUUUAUGGCAUGAGCUGUGGCACGAGGGACUGGAGGAAGCCUCACGUCUAUACUUUGGCGACCACAACGUUGAAGGGAUGUUCUCUACACUGGCCCCUCUUCACGAUCUCCUAGACAGAGGGGCUGAGACCCUACGUGAAGUUUCAUUUGCUCAGGCUUUCGGACGUGAUUUGGCCGAAGCCAAGCAAUAUUGCCUUUUGUAUCGCGAGACCGAAGAGCUCGGCGACUUGAACCAGGCUUGGGAUUUGUAUUACACGGUUUUCCGCAAGAUUGCUCGUCAGUUGCCUCAGCUUUCAACUCUGGAUUUGAAAUACGUAUCGCCAAGAUUGAAGGAUGCCACCAAUCUUGACUUGGCUGUCCCGGGAACAUAUCAUCCAGGCCGGAAGGUAAUCAAAAUCACGAGUUUCGACCCUGUGCUUUAUGUUCUACAAACAAAGAAGCGACCACGAAGAAUGACACUCAAGGGAAGUGACGGAAACUCUUACAUGUACCUUGUCAAAGGACAUGAAGACAUUCGACAAGAUGAGCGUGUGAUGCAACUAUUUGGUCUCGCAAAUACCCUUCUAGACAAUGAUAGCGAGAGCUUCAAGCGGCAUCUGACUGUUCAGCGAUUCCCAGCCAUCCCGUUGUCUCAGAAUUCUGGUUUGAUUGGAUGGGUCUGCAACAGUGACACGCUACACGCUCUAAUCAAAGAAUACCGUGAAAGCCGUCGCAUCCUACUAAAUAUUGAGCAUCGUAUCAUGCUUCAGAUGGCACCUGAUUACGAUAACUUGACAUUAAUGCAGAAAGUCGAGGUCUUUGGCUACGCGAUGGACAACACUACAGGAAAGGACCUUUAUCGUGUCCUUUGGCUGAAGAGCAAGAGUUCCGAGUCUUGGCUAGAACGAAGGACCAACUACACACGCUCUCUUGGAGUCAUGUCUAUGGUUGGUUAUAUCCUUGGACUUGGUGAUCGACAUCCAUCGAAUCUUCUUCUUGAGCGGAUCACUGGGAAGGUUGUACAUAUCGAUUUCGGAGACUGCUUUGAAAUUGCAAUGCACCGCGAGAAAUACCCAGAGCGAGUUCCGUUCCGGUUGACUCGGAUGUUGACAUUUGCUAUGGAAGUUAGCAAUAUCGAGGGAAGCUACCGCAUCACUUGCGAGGCUGUUAUGCGAGUCAUCCGAGAGAACAAGGACUCGUUGAUGGCGGUCCUUGAAGCUUUCAUUCACGACCCUCUAAUUAACUGGCGCCUUGGUGCCCGCGAGUCACCAGAUCGGCUGUCGUUCUCAACAGUCGGCCGACGGCAAUCCAUCGUUGAUGACGCCAAUCUCGAACACGGAAUCGAUCCUAGCAACUUUACACGCCCUCGUCGGCCAUCCAUCCUAGAAGGCGGCAUCCUCGAUACUCCACACGGUGUACCCAACGAGGCACGAGAAGCACAGAACGCAAGGGCAUUGCAAGUUCUUGGCCGUGUGAAGGAGAAGUUGACUGGACGCGAUUUCAAGCCCGACCAGGAACUUAAUGUCAGCGACCAAGUCGACAAGCUUCUCGCUCAGGCGACAAGUGUAGAGAAUAUAUGCCAACAUUGGAUCGGAUGGUGCAGUUUCUGGUGAUAUGUCAUGAGUCGUAUGAGAAGCCUUUGUUAUUUUACUUUAUUCCGUGCUUUCUUCUUUACCUUUUAGCUUUUAUUCCAUGUAUGGCGCAUCAGUGGACUAUAGGAUAAUAUAGUGGUUUCAUUCUUUCGUUUGAGAUUGUAUGUGUGUGGUUAUGGGAUGAGCGACGGCCUGCUAUUAUUUUGACUACUUCUAUACAUCUAUGUGUAUGCCCGAGAGUUAUAAUCGAUUCAAGGUUAAACGUAC